AUGGAUAAAACGAAAGGCAAAAAAACCAGAACAGCUCGAAUAAUUAAAAAAUUUUAUAUAAACUGGAAUCACAGAAGGCAGAGCUGGAGAAUCAGUUUUUACUACAACUGUUUAGCAAUUGUAACUGCAAUUAAUAUCGUACUUAAUUUGAUAUUUCAACAACUUAUCAAGUCUUUCAAUUUCUUUAUAAAUUACUCAUGUGAAUAUGAACAUAUUAAUUUUAUAUUAACAGAUUUAUUAAUUUUUCUUAUUUUGACUAGCUUUAUUACCAUUUUCGCCUUUUUUUUAUCAAGAAUAUGUUCACUGCUUUCAAAUUUUACAAUCAAUGAUUUUAUGUCCCUAGGAAAAUGGACUGAAAGAAUAGGAUGCACUGUUAAAUGGUUUCCUUGGUUAUUAGCAAUCCUACUUAUAUUAUGGUUUAUUUUAAAUGUAUUUAAUUUAAUUACUAUAUAUGUUACCCCAAAUUGGUGGUGCAAAAGACGUUUAAACGACUUAGCGACACAUGUGGUUAACAACUGCCGAAUGUUUGAAGGUAGAACUGCAGCAUGUACAAAUGAUAUGCAAGAACUUAGUGGUAGUACUAAUAUAAGCAAUAUUCGAAAAUGCAAUGAUCUAGAUUAUCUAAAAAACCAUAAUUAUUUUACGUUCAUCCCUGAUUUGGAUAAUAAAAAUUAUAUGCAAUGCACUUUCAAUAAUAUUAAUAUUUGUACAUUAUACAGAAAUUUAAGGAACAACAAACAAAUAAUGGAAAAAGCUGAAAGUUUUAAAAUAGAAGGAUGUUUACAAAAUCCUCCAUCAGAAAUUCAAGAAUUUUAUGUUAAUAAUAUCGAAAUUAGUGAUUUAUAUAAAUAUUCUCAAAUAUUUACUGUUGGAAGUAAUGUUACUUUUUUUCUUCUUAUAUUCUUUUUCUAUUUUGUAAAACGUACAACACAAUUUGAUGGAUUGUUUUAUCAAUCUAUAGAUAGUUCCGAUAUAUAUAUAUUACGCAUUCUACGACCUUUAACCCCAUGGACCUGA